AUGCCCAAAGAGAAGGAAGACUCAAGCUGUACUCCAACUACAGUUGGUCAAAAUAGAGAGGAAAUGACUCAAGAACAACCAGAACCUACUCCUACCCAACCAAAGGUAGCAGAAAAUGUUGAAAGGCCAAUUCCUCUACCAUUCCCUCAGAGAGUUAUUCAGCCAAAGAUUUCUUCUAUUGAGAGUGCUAAACCACUUCCUUCUGUGGAGCAACCUCCAGCACUGGAGCUUAAACCUUUACCAAAACAUCUGAAAUAUGCCUAUCUAGAGGCAGAUGAGAAGCUUCCAGUGAUAAUCUCCACCAAGCUGAAUGUAGAACAAGAGGAGAAACUCCUAGAAGUGAUUAGGAGGCACAAGAAAGCUAUAGGCUGGACCCUUGCUGAUAUUCCUGGAAUCAGCCCCUCUCUUUGUAUGCAUAGAAUAUUAUUGGAGGAGGGUGCUAAGCCAGUAAGGCAGCCUCAGAGGAGGUUAUUUUCAAAUUUGCAUAGCACCUGA